AUGGAAGGCUCUUCAGAUCAGCACUUUUCGGUCACUACCCACAAGAGAAGCAGCAUGGCCCAGUGUCCUAGCAAUAUAGAGCCACAAAAUCUAACACGUGUCUCGGAAUUCCAACUCCUGAGCCUCUCAGAGGACCCAGACCUGCAGCCCAUCCUCUUUGGACUGUUCCUUUCCAUGUACCUGGUCACCAUCCUGGGGAACCUGCUCAUCAUCCUGGCCAUCAGCUCUGAUUCCCACCUCCACACCCCCAUGUACUUCUUCCUCUCCAACCUGUCCUUGGCUGACAUUGGUUUCAUCUCCACCACAGUUCAAAAGAUGCUUGUGAACCUCCUAACUCACAACAGAACCAUCUCCUAUGUGGGUUGCCUGACACAGAUGUCUGUUUUUAUCAUUUUUGGAUGCAUGGAUGAUCUGCUUCUGACUGUGAUGGCCUAUGACCGCUUUGUGGCCAUCUGCCACCCUUUGAACUACUCAGUUAUUAUGAACUCUCACCUCUGUGGCUUCCUAGUUUUGCUAUCUCUUUUAAUUAGCCUUUUUGACUCCCAGCUGCAAAACUUGAGUGUCUUAAACUUUUCCUACUUCAAGGAUGUAGAAAUUUCCAAUUUCUUCUGUGACCCUUCUCAACUCCUUAAUCUUACCUGUCCUGAAACUUCCUCUAGUACCAUGGUCAAAUGCUUUGUUUUUGCCAUAUUUGGUUUUAUUCCCAUCUCAGGGAUCUUUUUCUCUUAUUAUAAAAUUAUUUUCUCUAUUCUGAGGAUCUCAUCCUCCAGUGGGAAGUACAAAGCCUUCUCCACCUGUGGGUCUCACCUGACUGUUGUCUGUGUAUUUUAUGGAACUUCCCUUGGAGUGUACCUUGGCUCAGCAGUAUCAUAUUCUCCCAGAAAGGGUGCAGUGGCCUCAGUGAUGUACACAGUGGUCACACCCAUCCUGAACCCCUUCAUCUACAGCUUAUGGAAUAAGGACUUAAAAUGCUCCCUGAGGAGGCUGUGCAGUAGCUUGGUGUGA